ACAUGCAAAACGAAUUGCAGACAGCUAAUAGCAUGGGUGCAUUCCUUCAAACAUGUAAGGUACUUUGGCAUCUCGAUGUCUUCCGGCGAUCAUUCCGUCAAUUACAAAAGCAUAACUGCAGCGGUAAGGAUUGCAUUUUCUGCGCUCUAAAGGAAUUUUUUACAAAGUUGCAAACUAGCUCGGAGCCUGCGCUUUGUCCAAUGGCAUUGCGGCAAGCGCUGACCAGUGAACCAUUGGCCAACCGUCGCCUUCCUUGCAGAAGCCUUGGUGACGCAGCCGAGUGUUUCGAGCUGUUGCUGCACCGUGUACACAAGAAAUUGUCUAUGACAGAUGGAGACACUUGCGAAGCGCCCCAGUGUAUUGUCCACCGACGGUUUGCGAUGCGUGUUGUCGAACAAAGCAUAUGCGAGUGUGGGUCCAGUUCAGAAAAACUACCCUUCACACAGAUGGUGCACUAUGUCUCAGCAUUAGCGCUAACUUCCCAGAACUUAUUUUCCAAGCAGCAUCAGCGAAGCAUCUCAUUCGGCCAUUUGCUGCAACACGCGGGCAACAUGGGUGAUAUACGGGACUGUUCGAGCGGUUGUGGGGCCAAAAUCGCCAUCCGGCGUACUCUUCUGAACCGGCCUGACGUUGUGUCAAUUGGUGUGGUAUGGGACUCGGAUCAACCUCAAACGAAUCAGUUGCAUGCGGUUUUAAAAGCGAUCGGUACUUCACUUCCCUUAUGCGACAUGUUCCAGCUGGUGUCUGAUGAGCGACGGGUUCAGAUGGCACACCAUGAGUUGGUGUGUGUUGUGUCAUACUUUAGCAGGUGCUAUAUCACCUUUUUCUUCCAUUCGAAACUACGUGUAUGGGUAUCCUUUGAUGAUACGAAUGUGGAGGAAGUUGGUCCGGACUGGGAGAAGGUGGUUGAUAAAUGUUCCCGUGGACGCUAUCAACCUAUUUUACUGUUAUACGCACUACCACAGCAUCAAUUUCUGCCUGCAAUUGUUACUCCUCAACAGCAGGAGUUACAAGAACAAAAGCAACAUUUUACAGCACAUCCCCUUCACCGUCGAGCUUUGACACCUAGCCCGAAGAAGAUGACGAUAACGUCUAGCGUACGACGAGCGAUCACUCCCAACCCGAACGGGUCUCUGCCAAUUGGCGACUACCAAAAUACAACUAUAACACAGGGGAAACAAAAUUCUUUCAUCGAGAUCUGCAAACCAGCCACGGAUAAAGAUAAUACAGUUUAUACCUGUCACAGGACGGCACACAGCCUGUUGAAUGCCCAGUACCAAAACAUCUCUAUAGUUCAGGAUAAAAUAUUUUCUUCGUUAGACUUGCCAAAAUCUGACAUUGUUUAUCAGCAACAACGGCAGGAGCAGGUACAGGAACUGCAACAGAUGCAUCGAGUACUGAACAGUGUUGGGAGACAACCAUCAGGACCGAGUCUACAUCACAAGUUGCGUAUCGAGUCGGGUGCAGCAAUACCGGAGCUUGUUCCUAUUAGCACUUCGAAUCGUUUUUCCAUCAAUACGUCGUAUAGAGAUUGUUUUUCUAUGCCCGAUCAUCUUAAUAAAUCACGACGGCGUGACUCGGGUAAUUGGAGCGGUGAUCGCAAUUCGGCUUCGUCGUCCUCCUCAACUACAUUAGACAACCCGUAUUUGUAUUUAUUGGGUAAGCGUCAAAUUGGCAAUGUCCCAAGCAACCCUAAACGCAGCAUCAGUCAAAUAGGAGAAGUCAGCGGAUCGAAAUGUGGUAGCAAUAGUGCAGUACCAGGAAAAGUUGGGUGUUGCCAAUUCUAUGAUGCCGGCUAUGAUUCGUUUUCUCUUUCUUCGACCGACUCCUUUCCUUCAAAAUAUCAGCCAGGCUGUAGCGGCUUCAGCGUCCCCUCUUCAGUUUGCUCGUCUACGCUCGGGCUAAUCGGGACCAACGCUAUAGCAACAUUGGUGGCCACACCUGCAGCCAAGAUGACUGAAUCAGUUGUUCUAUCUGGCGACUGUGAGAAGCUAUGCUUAGAGGCGGACCAGCUUUUGAACAAGUCGAGGUUGCUUGAAGACACCCAUGAUCUCCAGACUGCAUUGGUGCUGUGUAAUGCGGCCGCAACUAAAGCACGUACCGCCAUGGAUGCACCUUACAGCAAUCCUCACACAAUGACGUUUGCACGCAUGAAGCACAAUGCAUGUGUUAUGCGUGCGCGUUCGUUGCAACGUCGUAACUUGAUAGACAAAGGCAGUGAAAUGAUUAAAGAACAGCAAAUAGAGCAAAUGCACCACCAACGAUUUCACCAGCCACUACAGGAGUUCCACGCGCUUGCUGGUGCCGGAAGGUCUGGACUUGUACACCGAGCACAGAAAAAGCAGGACAAAUUUUUACUGGCCCGAGGACCGACGUCUACCUCAAGUUCGAUGUCUACCAACGGCAUGCUUAGUGAUAUACCCAUGAAAAACAUCGAAAUAUACGCUACACUACCAAAAAAGAAAGCCCAACUGAAUCUUAUAAAAACCGAGGACCCUGAACUGGAGAGAGCUGAUGAAGUAAAGCAGCAGUUAGAAAACCGUAGCCGUCGCUCUACCAGUCGUUCUACAGAUAAGCAGGACAUAGUUAAGGAUUGCAAAGAAAAACGCAGCCGGAGUGAAGAUCGAAACGAAUUUAUAUCAUCAGCGGUAUCUUCUCCAAGGACAGUCACUCUAGCGUAUAUCGAUACGGGUACAGUGAGCGAAAAAAAUACCCUGCGAACACACAUACAAGAUAAAGAUACGAAGGAGAAAGAGAAAGAAACAAAAUUGGGUAAGAAGCAGCACAAGAUUCGGAGAAAACUGCUAAUGGGUGGUUUGAUUCGGCGUAAGAACCGAUCAAUGCCCGAUCUUACUGACACAGCAAGCACCGAUGGUGGUUUGUCGAGAGCGGCGUCUUCAUGUUCCACCGAUGUCCCAAAAAAAUCAGAUAUUAUUAGUACUAGCAAUAUUGGAGAAGCACCGCAUGAAAACCUAUCCAGUGUACACCACCAUUCACUCGACUUCUCUAUACCUAAAGGCUACCUAUCGGCAGGACACUUUGACUAUUAUUCUACAGGGAACACUAACCUCAACCUUGAUCGCGGUAAAGUGAUACGCAAAAGUUUCCAUGGCAGCGUCCGCUCGUUGCCUUUACCGAAAGUACCUCCACCGCCCCCUGUGCGACUUGGAUCGGCUUUGUCGUCCGAGCCAAAUCAACAAACAGCCAAUAGAAUAACAACGACUGUUACUGUCAACAAUGCAUUGGCCCACAAUGUAUCAUCAUCCAUUUAUCAGCAGCAACAUCAGCUACAUGAAGUAGAAACCCCACCCCAUCAGCUGCAACAGCUGCAGCUAAACAGUGUCAACCUACGUCAUCUAGAGUGCGCUUCUGAGCCGACAUCAGCUAUCAACAUUGGUCAUCCAGAAACUACAAGCAGUAGCAUUAAGCCGUUCCACGAAAACAACGUUUCAAAUAUUUCAACUAUGAGCUCCAACACCAGUAAGAGUGAAGAAUCAUGCAAAACGAUUAUAACCACAUGUGCGAUAGUGCACCAGGAGCCAUCACACAUUAGGCCAAUAGACCACAAAUUUACCGUUUCAUCUAUGCUGGCUGAUAAUAGUAGAAAUAUUACAAACAAAUUGGUUGACUCUAUCACUCUAUACCAUAACUCUCACCCCCGUCAUUAUCAACAACAACAGCAGCUUCAGUCAGCUUCUUUUGAUUUACCUCCAUACCCGAGCCCCUUGUCUAGUUCGUGCCAUUCGCGUCAAACAAGCGAAGACUUUCCACCGCCUCCACUUGCUAUUGACAUCGAAUUCAUAAAUGAACAACCUAGUGAAAUUCAGCCCAUACGGGGUGCAGCGACAAAUGCAGCUAUUGGAUAUCUUCAUGCCUACACACAACAUAAUAAAUCACAGGAACAAUCUCAAAAUUAUAUCGAAAAUACAAGCAGCGUCCUAGCACAGCUUCAAACUAUGCAACUUCAAAAACAACAGCACCAGCAUCAGUCGCGUCAGUUGGAGCAGCAUUAUCCGGAUCAUAUGCAUCAUCAGCAGCAAUAUCAGUUUCAGCAACAACAACAGCAACGGAAUCUGCAACAACUACAACAGCAGCAACAGCAACAAAGUUAUUCCGAUUCCUCGAUCAGUUCCUGUGAAAUCCUUCAUGAAACGAAACGAAACUUGUUGAAGGAAUUGCAAUGGAAACAGCUGGUGCUUAAGCAACAACAGCACUUCCGCUACGGGACUGAUGAAAAAUCUAUUCAACAACCGCAAUUUGAUGUAAGUUAUCCUUUAACACAUUCAGUGAACAACAAAGUGGCAGAUGUUCGCAGCGUACGUGAUCUAGCCUCGCGAUUCGAACAAGUUAAGCUAUCAUUUGGAACUGAAAAACAGCAACCGUUGAACGUUAGUAGCGCAACAAACGGUUUGUUAUUCGAUCAUCAACAUAAAUUAGCUCAUCAAAGUCAACUGAAAGAGUCGUCAGGACUUACAACGAUACCGUUGCCCUCUGUUGGGGUAGAUCUGCUCCCCUCGCCAUUAUUUCCAACGAAUUGGGGACUAACAGACGAUUCAGUCACGGAUGUUAAUUGUGGCGAUGAGCUCAAUUGCCCAACAGCUGAUGCAAACUAUCGAUUACAACUGUCCAAGUCGUGCUACGAAAUUGCCCAAAGCCGAAUACAAGAGGAGAUCCGUGAGAUAGAGCUGCAAAAUCAAGUCGUUCAGCAGACAGUAAAUGAUGUUAGUGGUGGUGGUGAUAAUGAUACUAUUAUAGGUUGCAUUUCAUCCAAAGCGACGCUGGGUAGAAAAAAGAAAAAGAGUGUGUCAUUCUGUGAUCAAGUUAUUCUCGUCGCUACUGCUGAUGAAAACGAGAAUGAUGAUUUUAUUCCAAACCAGAUUCUUGAGCAAGUAUUACAAACAGCUAGCGGAAAUGGACAUUGUAAUAAAACGUCUUUCUCUGCAAAAAAUGACAAUCAGUCCACGGAGUCUAGCACGAGCGCAGUUCAAACAUUGUCCACUGUCAUCAAAGAGGAUCACACCAUUUCUUCACCACUGCAUGAGCAGUUGCCUAAUCUGUCAACAAGUAUAACCAGUCACACUAUCAAGCCCGACCCCGAGAUGUUCCCGAGUCCGAGAUGUUCUCUACCGACAUUAUAUCCCCAACCAUCUUCAUUACCGCUGACAGUUUCCUCAGUAACGAGUUCUGAUCCGUCCUAUUAUUUAACCUCAGAUGUCAACAAACAAACCGUCGAAAUGCUGCCACGAUUUCAAAUGUCCUGCGAUGAAACCAUUGGCAAUAUCGAUAACGCUUAUAUGCGCCAACAGCAGGCACCACAAUAUGCUUUUGUUCCACCAAAUGCAUCGUUUUUUAAAGCGAACUUGUUCAAUGCUGCUUUGCCUAAGCCGUCUGCUAUUCGAAAGCAUCAAUUAACUGAACAACAGCUAAAUGGAAAUGAUUCCAGCAAUGAGUUUCUUUUAAAAGAACGCAACAAUGACCCAAGCAUGUGUGGGACGACUUCUCCUUAUAUUAGCAUGCCAUAUAAUCAAGAACCGUUUAACGCAAACAGCUUCAACACCUCGUAUCACACGUCCCUACCGUGUCGCCAUCAGGAGCAUCUAGAAUUGCAACAUCAUGCGAAAGCUGUUAAAGUGGGCUUUCGGACAGCCUCAGAAUCAGCGACCGCCGUAACCACAACCACGAGUACAAGUACAUCAGCACUAAACAAUCCAUCUGUUUUACUAAUUAGUACACGCCAGAAUCGGGCAAACAUGGUACAUCAUCAACAACUUUCGUCUGACUGUGUUCUCAAAUCACCAACCACACAAUCGCCGCAUAUUUAUGUUUCGACUGUGCAACAAAACAACAUUGAAAGAAGAAGUACAAAUGAAGAAAUCAUUCGUCAAAAAAGUCCUCCAGGCAUCACUCAUCAAAACCAACACCGGCAGCAUACUACGUACAAAGCCUUUGGCUACGCGAAACAGAAGCAACAGCAGCAACAUCGGUCCAACAACUCGUUACGAUGCGAAUAUGGCGGGAUGUACGUGACGCCGAGGAAGAUACGACGGCCGGCUAUAGUGAUAGUAACCCAGAUCAUCUCAAGCGAGUGCUGGGUGACGCAGAUUUGUGCCGAUUGCAGCUUGAUCGAGCAGGCAAUUAGUACACCACCACCUCUAGCUUUAGUACUAUUGCGCUCAGAGCGGUCGCAGCGGUACACAGUGUAA